UAUCUUAUAUUAUUCACAGGGAUUCGUCUGAUUGAUUGAUUUCAGCGAAUCAAAUUCCCAGUGUCCUGGACGACGAUAGAAUGUCCAGCCUUAAUUACUUCCAGUUGGAAAAUGAUUUAAAGCAAACAGUGAGAAUGGAUGCGCCUUUGACGAAGGGUCCAGCCCCCAGAUGGGAACGGUUGGGAAUGGCUAACGCGUCCAACAGUUCUUUGGCGAAUGUGAGCGGUUCAGUUGCUGGAUUCAACUCGAGCAGAUCGAAUAUCCCGAAAACACCGAAAGAUAAAAGCGGGAAAAUCAACAAAAGUGCAUCAGAAUCGAAGAAAAUGUCUUCGAAAAAAUCCAAAAGUGGCUUGACCCCAGGUAAUGACGCCAGCAAACGAACUGCAUUUGCCGACCGUCUGAUCCCCGUACGCACGAAUUCUCAGUUCGAUGUUGCACAUCACAAUCUCAUGAAAUCACAGCCCUCAGCACAAGAGAACGAAGGUUCUGAUCAUGAAGGAGAGGCUUCCGAGGAAACAACUGCCCACCAAAGACUACUCGAUGACCACUUGAAAGUCAGCGACAAGGAGAGAAUAUUUUCAUAUUCCGUCAAGCCAGCGGCAGCUCCUGAUGAUCACAUAAAUUCCUUGAAGGUUGUCUACACUCAGAGUUCCCUGCCGCCAUCUGUUCACAAGGCAGCUGGUCGAUUCAUAGCCACCAAGCCUGAUCGAAUCCUCGAUGCCCCGGCAUUAGUCGAUGAUUUUUAUCUGCAUCCCAUCGAUUGGUCGAAAAGCAAUCACGUCGCAGUCGCCCUCUCAGAAUCCGUGUAUGUUUGGAACGCUAGUACUUCGGAAAUCUUCACUCUCGCCAGCCUCGACGCGGAAGAAAGCGAAGAUAUCACAGCCACUGCAGUUGCUUGGGUGGCUGCUGGAUCUCAUCUCGCAGUGGGAACGAGUAACGGAGAAGUCUGGCUGUACGACGUUGCCGCUAGUCGACGCGUUCGACGAAUGCGAGGCCACACAUCCAGAGUUCCGUGUUUAUCCUGGAACGAGUACGUCAUCAGCUCGGGAUCCGGUUCCGGUAGCAUCCAUCACUACGAUGUCCGAGUUCCGCAGUUUUGCGUGGCUUCUUUGCCUGAAGCCCACAGUGGACUGGAAGUGUGUGGCCUGUCUUGGUCUCCUGACAAGAAAUACCUGGCUUCCGGUGGGAAUGAUAACACGGUAAAGAUUUGGGCUGCUGGGGAAACGGCGGAUGGACGAUCAGUGGACAGUGAUUCGGAGCCGGUGUCCAUUUUCACGCAUCACCAAGCCGCUGUUAAGGCGCUUUCUUGGUGUCCGUGGCGGUCGUACGUUCUGGCAUCUGGCGGCGGUACGAAUGAUCGAGCUAUUCGUAUUUGGAAUGUUGACACCCAGUCGCAAGUUUCUGCUCUCGCGUGGUCAGAAGAGUAUCACGAACUCGUAUCUGCCCACGGCCACUCCAGCAAUCAAAUCAUUAUCUGGAAAGCACCGAGUCUGGAAAAAGUGGCCCGUUUGGAGGGUCACGAGUCUCGCAUCUUGGACAUGGCACUUAGUCCCGAUAGCACGACGAUCGUCACGGCUGGUGCUGAUGAAACUUUGAGGAUAUGGAAGUGUUUUGCUGUGGACGAGCAGCGGAAAAAGGCGAAGGCAAAGAAAGACACUCAGGCGAAAGGUGGUCGGUCUGCUUUCCAACAACUAAUGCGUUGACAUGUAUCUGAUCUAUGUCCUGAAUGAGUCGGUUUUUGACGCAAGUUUAUGUAUAUUGCCGUGUGAAGAGUGACUUUUGAGAUGUUUCGUUUAUGUGACGACGAUCACGUGACGCAAGAAUUAUCGUAUUGUAUGAUUUGAUUUUGAUUUUCUUGUGCCUUUUUUCAACCCUUAUUUUUUCUGAAGCGACAAAGAAAAUUUAGACGUUGUGCUUUUUGAUCUUGUUGAAUAAAAUAUUGUGAAGUUA